CUCGCGGCGCGAAUCCAUGGCGGUGGCGACAGGACCCGCAGCGACGUUCUCCGUCCGUCCGACGGCGCGGCCCUGCGCCUGCUCCGCUGCCGCGGCCGGUGGGGCGAGGUUCCGCGCGGACGCGACCGGGAACGGCAAGUGGUGGGCGCCGCUGCUGGGCUGGUCGGGCCAGCCCGACUACAUCGACGCCCAGCCGGCGCCGGCGUCUGAGGAGCAGCGCGAGACGCCCGCGGCGAGGCGGUUCGGGGUGCUGACGGAGGAGAAGGCGCGGCAGCUGCGGGUGCGGAUGAUGGAGACGGAGAGCUUCCACGACGCCAUGUACCACUCCGCCAUCGCCUCCCGCCUCGCCUCCGCCGCCCGCGACGGCGACGACACCAAGGCGCGCUAGCCACGCGACAACUUGCUCUCGAUCUUGGCGUGGCCCAACGCCCACGACGAUCCGAUGAUGUAAACCCGACUGGUCCACUCGCCGACGAGAGGCCAUGCAUGCGCCGUGUACAUAACUUAGCUUACCUUUCUUCUUCGUUCGGGUGAUCGUUCGUGCUCCGUUAGAGGAUGAGGGAAGGGAAGGGCCAGUAAUAUUUAGGACGCCGCCCUUUCGGCUCCCCCGGGCUCAUUCAUGGAGACGGAACACUAGUUAAUCUUACCAGUUCCU